AUGUCUCCAGUUAUUUCAGAUCUAACUUUACCGCCCACUUGCAAAUCCCCAAAAUACUCUAAUAAUGAUACCAAGGGCACUGGCAUAUCUUCUCUGAUCCGAACGGUUACAUCGGGUGACUUUGUUCCCAAAUUGCGCCAAAUAUCUGAAAAUUUGCAACAAGUCUGUGACGAAGACGACAGCUGUUCAUUUGAAACGGAUAGUUUGUCCGACGAAGAAGAAUUCGAUGUCUGUCAUUCACUUUCUCCUAAAAGUCCCAGAUUCAAUAAGAAUUUCUUGUUCUCAAUCUCCAUCGACUCUGAUAUAGAAAGCAUUGGUUUUGAUUCGGGUACUGAUUCCGAUGACGAACCUAAAAUUCAGCGAACAUUCAGUAAGGAUCCCGACAAUGAUCUCGAAACGGUUGGAAUAAAUUCUUGUCUGUACUCCAGGUGGUUAAUAAGUCCCAGUUCUGAGGAUUCCUUUGAUUUUUCAGAUGAUGAUGAUGACGACGACGACGAUUGGGACGAGAUAUGGUCAUCGACCAAACCAGAAUUUAACCCCAACGGACUUUAUUUAAAUAAUGAAUUUAAUCAUCCAUACACACUAAAAAUUACCUCUUGUUGCGCUUCUCCCAAAGAGGAGAAGGCCGACGUCCCAGCUGUUGAGGCGGACGACGGAAUUCAGCAGAAACUUAAAGAAGCAAAUGAAAAAUGGAAUAAAGUUUAUGAUGAUGAUGAUAAUCAUCUGGACUUUACAUCUAAAGAAAAUCACACUCCAAAAGUUCACUUUGCUACUGGGAAAAAGCUUACAACUCGCCACCUUUUAGUGUGCUGGACUUACGCCUACAAAGCUGCUAGAAUUAGCCCCUGGAUUACAUUCGCCUUGGAUUCUCAGAGAUUCCGGAAGAGGAUUGAGGAGCUGAAACCUACUAUUGAUCCAAUUUUGGAUCCUGUGCACAGACAGAAUAUUUUUACUUCGAGACUUCAACAGGAAGCAAAGAUUAUUCAACUGGAUAUUGAUGUUGUACAUUAUUUUAUCCUUCUCUCUCGACCGUUUCUCAGUGGAAUCAUUGCUUCUGAAGGGAGAUUAUUCUUUUUAUUUUUUAUUUUAUUUGUUUUUUUCCUUCUUUCAACUUUCUUUCUCAUCUCUUUUUAUAUUUUUUUUAUUUUUUUUUUAACAAAUCUCUCACUUUCUCUUUCUUCUACUCUUUCUUUCCUUCUUGUUUUUCUUCUCUAUCUAAUGUUCACACGUCUUUCUUCGUUUCACUCAUCUUUGUUUCUAUUUUUCUCGCCUUCUCUCUAUAUUGAAUUGUUCCUUACCUAUGCUUCUCCUUCUCUUCUUUCCGCCCUCUCUUCUUUCCUUUCCUCACUAUUUCCUUUUUCUUAUUUAUCCUUCUAUAAUUUUCAUUUUUUCUUGAAUUAUUAUGGAAGUGUACUUUUCAUAUCAGUUAUGUUCUUUUUUCUUCAUUUUUUACUUUUCACUAUUUUUCUUUCUUCGUUAGUUUCUCUUUCUUCGUUAGUUUCUCUUUCUUCGUUAGUUUCUCUUUCUUCGUUAGUUUCUCUUUCUUCGUUUAGUUUCUCUUUCUUCGUUUUUUUCUCUUUCUUCGUUUGUUUCUCUUUCUUCGUUAUUUCUCUUUCUUCGUUCUUUUCUCUUUCUUCGUUAGUUUCUCUUUCUUCGUUAGUUUUCUCUUCGUUAGUUUUUCUUUCGUUAGUUUCUCUUUCUUCGUUGGUUUCUCUUUCUUCGUUAGUUUCUCUUUCUUCGUUAGUUUCUCGUUAUUUUCUCUUUCUUAGAAAUUUCUCUUUCUUCGUUAAUUUCUCUUUCUUCGUUAGUUUCUUUUUUUCUCUUUCUUCGUUAGUUUCUCUUUCUUCGUUAGUUUUCUCUUUCUUCUUUUCUCUUUCUUCGUUAGUUUCUCUUUCUUCGUUAGUUUCUCUUUCUUCGUUAGUUUCUCUUUCUUCGUUAGUUUCUCUUUCUUCGUUAGUUUCUCUUUCUUCGUUAGUUUCUCUUUCUUCGUUAGUUUCUCUUUCUUCGUUAGUUUCUCUUUCUUCGUUAGUUUCUCUUUCUUCGUUAGUUUCUCUUUCUUCGUUAGUUUUCUAUUUUUUUUCAUUUUGUUUCUCAUUUAACUCUCUCAUUGUUUAA